CACCAGACAUUGUCUGACUGAAUUGAAUUUUUUUUAUUGUCCUCAUGUUGCAGUCGCAUGUUUUACUUUUAGACUGCAGGAAUUGGGUGCGUAGAAUACCCUGAGGCUGAAUUGCGAUACGUCCUUGGCACAGGAUGGACGCGAGCCCUGAAGAAAAAUGCCAGGGAAGUGAAGGUGAACAGGGCAAGGUUUGUGACCAGAAAAGCAGGAACGUCGUCUCUUCAGAACUGGGUGCAGACGACAAAGAAAAGGACAGCAUGUCGCAGGAGGAAAGUGGUGCUACUCGAAUGGUCCAGGAUGAGGAAGCUGAUUCUCCUGUUGCUGAUGGUGCUGCCGGUGUUGCAGACGGUAGUCAAUCUCCAGAGUGUGAUGGUUCUCUUGUUGGAACAGAGAAUUCAACUGCUGGAUCUUGCGAGGAGUCUUCUGAUCAUGAUUAUGCCCAAAUAUCAGAUUCGGAAACUGACGCGUCCAUACUGGAACGUCUUUUUCCUGAAUUCCCCAGCUGCGACGAUGAGGAUGAGGAUGAUGAUGAUGAUGAUGACGAAAACACCAGCGACGAGGACAUCGGGGGUGGCGCAGCAGAGCCUGAUAUCCCUGGCUGCACGGAGGACACGCGAUGUCCGGCGAUGACGCGGUGGAGCACUGCGUACGACCUGCGGCGCCGCCACCUGGGCCUCUGCAGCGCUUCGUCACUGCGGCGCAGAGCCAUGAGCAGCUACGCGCUGGUGCGGCGACUGGACAAAGAGCGCGAGAUAGCAGGUCACGAGGGCUGCGUAAACACCCUACACUACAGCGAAGACGGAGAGGUGCUGGCGUCGAGUGGCGAUGACUUGAACGUGAUGCUGUGGGACUGGCGACGAGGCAAGCGUACGCUGGCCUUUGCCAGCGGGCACAGCAGCAACGUCUUCCAGGCCAAGUUCAUGCCCAGCUGCCUGAACUCGAUGAUGGUGUCGACGGCGCGCGAUGGCCUAGUGCGACGGCACCUGCUAACCCCGUCGGGCGACGUGACAUCCAAGACGGUUGCGGAGCACGACGACGCUGCUCACAAGCUGGCCCUGGAGCCGGGAAACCCGCACACGGUGCGCUCGUGCGGCGAGGACGGCAAGGUGUUCUCCAUCGAUUUGAGGACGGACGAAUGCGAGCUGCUAGUGCAGAGUAUGGAGUUGCGCAGCCCCCGGCACGCUCGUCUCUACUCGAUCUUCACCAAUCCAGUUCAGCCGUGGUACUUUGCCGUGUCUGGUUCUAGUCGAACCCUCAGCGUCUAUGAUCAACGGUACAUCACCGACGAUAGACCGGUCCAGCUCUACACGGUGAAGAGCAUGAAGGAGCACGCCACUGUAACGUGUGUAGUGUACAGCAAUGACGGCAAGGAGCUGUUAGCGACAUACAAUGACGAGUCCAUCUACAUCUUCAACACGGAGCUGAGUCGGACUGUGCCUGUACACCGCUACACGGGUCAUCGCAAUAACGACACCAUUAAGGGUGUCAACUUCUUUGGCCCGAAUUCCGAGUACGUUGUGAGCGGCUCGGACUGUAGGCACGUGUUCAUCUGGGAGAAAUCCACCGAGAAAGUCGUGCAGCUGCUGAAAGCUGACGAGGUGGGUGCGGUGAACUGCCUGGAGCCCAAUCCUCAGUGUAUGGCGCUGGCCACCAGCGGUCUGGAGCACACGGUCAAGGUCUGGACGCCGCACGCCAGGCGGCCGACGGACAUGAGCGGGCUCGAGGCCCUGACGUGGCGCAACGACAUGACCGAGUGGCUGCAGGACUCCAGCCCCUGGGUGGUGAACGUUGCUGCCAAUAUGCUCGGCAGUAGCGAUGAGGACGACAGCGACGACUAGAAUGGC